AUGGAGGAGAAACGAGUGUUCAAAGGAAGGAAAAGAUCCUUGAGCAAUGGAGCAGCUAGAGAGUCAUCAAAAGGCACUUCCAAUUCGAAUACGGCAAUGAUAGAGAGUGACAGAAUAGAGUUGCUAAGAAAUUGUCCUGAAGGGCUCACAGACCAAGAGUCAAGUCCGUAUAAUAAUUCUUUGAUAAAGAGGAAGACAUUCUUGAACAAAGACAUAGUUUGGGAGUCAUCAAUCGGCACUUCGGAUUCCGAAACACCAAUAAUAGAGAGGGAUAAAACAGAGCUGCUUAAAAAUUGUCCUGCUGGCUGA